AUGAUUAACAUCACUGACACGACGUCGCCUAUUGGCCUCAUUAGUGUCUCGCGCAUGGAGAUAAUGAGUAACGACUGCAUCGUCUACAUUCUCGUGCUGGCGCUUUCGUUGACUCGAGCCGAGCAGAGAGCCGAAGCGCAGGAGUCAACGGUCACGAAGCUGCGGGUGGUGGACUUUGGCGAGUCCAGCGGGAUCGAAACGGAGCCCGAGCAAGCCGACGUUCAACGGAAACGAGACUCCGGAUAUUCGUACAACAAACCGAGUCGUAUCUCGUCGUAUCCUCGGCUACGCUUGCAGGCGAAUCAGCCUAGGGAUGAAAUCGCGUCCAGAAAGCCCGGUCAGUUAAGCAGACCGUUCACGAGAUACGGACCGCCGAAUCACUCGUCUGUCGCCACCGCCGCCGCCGCCGCCGCCGCCGCGCACGGUUAUCGCGGCCAACACCACCGAGGCAAAUUACAGCAUCACGUCGAUCAACAGCAGUCGAUCGGCUACGAUGUUGGUUCGGCGCAGCAGGAAGUGCCGAGUCCAAUUAGGAACGCCGACUUUGCGAGCGAGAAUGCGAUCGCCAGUCAAAACAACGAGCCCUUCGGCAUGUACACGGCCAACUACCUGCCGCCGCAGAAUCAGAAACUGCCCGCCUCCUCCUCGGUGGAUAACUUCGCCCCGCAGUCGUAUUCGCCGCCGAUUGAAGGCCAGCAGCAGCUCGCGCAGCUCGGAAACCAGCAGAUUUCCGACGCCGCGCUUUUCCUCUCCCAAAACGCGCAGGCGAUCCAGCAACUUUACGGCGCGCCCGCCAGCGGCCAGGACUUUGCGCCCAGCCACGACCAGUUGCAGGACCCUGUCAAUCAGAUUCAAACUCCGAGCGCUCAAUUCGGCGGUCUGGAGAGCACGUCGCCGAGCCCGGCGGAGUUCCCGCCCGGCGCGUUGCCGCCGUACGCCUCGGGCACGCUGAAUCCGCAAGAGACUCUGGAGCAGAUCCAGUCUCUGGAGAAGGACCGGCUGAUCGUGCAGCUACAGCAAGCCCUGGCGCAGGCCCAGAGCAGCCCGAGCGUCGCGGCGGCGGCGGGCAGGUACGCUCAGAACCAAGCAAGUUUCAUUCCCAGUCAGGAGUUUCUAACCUCCAUAAGCCAGCGAAUGAAAUCGCAUGUACCCCCGGGGCCGCAAAGCGUGGCCUUCACCGGCGGAAACACAGCCUUUAGUCAGUCUCCUUUCCUGCCAGGGACCACGCUGAAUCCCCUGGGGCCUCCUCUUAGCUACGGUGUGCCAACGACUACCGCGCAAACUCCGACCACAACGACGGUGGUCACCGCACCUCCGCCGCAAUCAGCCGGAGGCGACGGAGGCAGCAUUCAAGUAUCGUCUUCGCUGCCCGCUCCCAAUCAGCCCGGGCCAUCCGCGGCCGCGUCACCCGUGGGAAUCCCCAUUUACGGCGGGUUCGUGCCUACUCUCAUCGCCGGGCCCGGCUUUGUUCCUACUUACAGCGGCGUCUUCGCGACCGGACCGCUCAGACCGGCGCAACCCUCCGGCUCGUCGCCCACUCACUUUGGGAUACCCAUUCCCACGCAACCUCCUGAGAAACCGACGUCGAGGCCGCCAGCCAGCACGACACCCGUGUCCGUCUUCCCCGACCGACCCGGGCUCCCCUUGUCCCCGGCGAUCACGCCGGUGAUCUUGCCCGUUCAACCGCUGCGACCCGUCGCUGCUCCCCUGCACCCCAUUGUCACUCCCUUGCAGCCGCCGCCGCUGCCGGCCACCCCCGUCGUCACGUCGACCGGGGUGCAGUACUCGUACGGCGUGCAGAACGCGCUGGUCAACCCCGCGCUCUACAAGCCGGUCAGAGCGGUCUAUCCGGUUUACUACUACUCCAACGUGGCUUACCAGCCGCAGAAAGCCGGUAGCGUGCCGAGCUACCCGUGGAGCUAUGCGCCUUCGUACGCGCAAGCGAAACCGGCGCAAAUAUGGAAAUGAGGUGUUCCCGUUCUCCGCGAGCGCGGAUCGUGAGCGCGCUCGCGCGAUAUUCAGUCUGGCUGGACUUACCCGCGCGGAAAAGAGAGAGGGAGAGAUUGAAGAAGAAAGUACAGCUGCGGGAGAGGAGAGUAUCGCGGAGUAUCGCAGUCGCGUGAUUUUGAUGCGCCGAUGACGCCGCGCCGUAUCGCCGAUUAACCUUUUUCACGUAAACGAUUUCAUUUUCUACGCUCGGCGGCAGACGAGAGUUCUCGCGUCGCAAACCGCUCUGCUACGCGGUGAAGGUGGUUCCGUUCGUCUGCGCCGAGAGGAAAGUUCCGGCAUCGCCGUGACGAAGAAACCUGCGCGCGUCCCUCGCGCUGAAGAGGCCGAAAUUGCCCACGCUGAGAGAGAGAGAG